CGCCCUCCCCGCCCGCGCCGCCCGCCCCGCUCCGCUGCGCUCCCCGCCAGCCCCCCGGCCCGGCCCGGCCCGGCCCGGCCCAGCCGCAUCAUGCCGCAGCCCCUCGGGGCCGCCCUGCUGCUCGUCCUGCUGGCGGCGGACUCCUCGCCAACCGUGCUGCUGCGCGCCCAGGAUGCUGCCCAGUUCCUGCGGCAGAGGCAGCGGCGAGCCUACCAGAUCUUCGAGGAGACCAAGCAAGGGCACCUGGAGAGGGAGUGCGUGGAGGAGCACUGCAGCAAGGAGGAGGCCCGGGAAGUCUUUGAGAACGACCCCGAGACGGAAUAUUUUUACCCGAAAUACUUGGCUUGUAUUCGGAAAUAUGGGUCGCCAUAUACAAGAAGUCCAGAUUUCCUUACAUGCGUUCAUAAUUUGCCAAACCAGUGUUCUCCUGAGCCUUGUCACAAAGAGGGGACUGUCAAAUGUGAAGAUCUCAAGGGGGACUUCUAUUGUGAAUGCAAGCGUGGCUGGCAGGGAAAAACUUGUGACAAAGAUAUCGAUGAAUGCAGAGUGCAGAAUGGUGGCUGUAACCAGGUCUGUCUCAACAAGCUAGGCAGCUACCACUGCUCAUGCUUCAGUGGAUACGCUCUUAAAGACAGCAAAACAUGUGAAGACAUAGAUGAAUGCACAGCAUCAACAGACAUCUGCGGAGAAGCUCAUUGUAAAAAUUUAAUAAGCUCAUACGAAUGUGUUUGUGAUGCAGGCUACAAGUACGACAACUUGAGAAAGACUUGUCAGGAUAUAAAUGAAUGUGAAGAAAAGCUCUGUGAACAGACCUGUGUCAACUCACCAGGGAGUUAUACCUGUCAUUGCGAUGGCAGAGGGGGAGUAAAACUUUCCCAGGACAUGAAUACGUGUGAGAACAUAAUACCCUGUGUGCCUUUUGCUGUUGGGAAAAGUAUUAAAUCCUUGUACCUGGGGAGGAUGUUCAGUGGCACCCCUGUCAUCAGGCUGCGCUUCAAAAGGAAACAACUGACAAGACUUGUGGCCGAGUUCGACUUUAGAACCUUUGAUCCUGAAGGUAUCCUUUUCUUUGCUGGAGGCCAUCGAGAUAGCACCUGGGUAGUCUUGGCUUUGCGCAAAGGACGGCUAGAGCUGCAGCUGAAAUACAAUGGGAUAGGCCGUGUGACCAGCAGUGGACCACUUAUCAACCAUGGCAUGUGGCAGACGAUCUCUGUUGAAGAAUUUGAGAGAAGUUUGGUUAUAAAGGUCAACAGGGAUGCAGUUAUGAAAAUUGCUGUCUCAGGGGAUCUGUUCACUCUAGACAAAGGACUGUAUCAGCUGAAUUUGACAGUAGGAGGCAUUCCUUUCAAGACAAAGGACCUUGUUCUACCGAUAAACUCUCGUCUAGAUGGUUGCAUGCGGGCAUGGAACUGGCUGAAUGGGGAGGACACCACUAUCCAAGAGACCAUAAAGAUGAAUGAAAAGAUGCAGUGUUUUUCUGUAGCAGGACGAGGAUCUUUCUAUCCUGGCCGAGGUUUUGCUGUGUUUAAUCUUACUUACAUGCAAGCUUCUUCUGGAAAUGAAAGCAAGACAAGCUGGGAAAUAGAAGUAAAUGCUGCGAUUCAACCAGCAACAGAUACUGGUGUGCUGUUUGCUCUGGUUACAGAAGAAGCAUCUGUCCCUUUGUCACUGUCUCUGAUUGACUAUCACUCCACAAAAAAAAUGAAACAACAGUUUAUCAUUGUGGCCUUGGAGAACACAGUUGUGUCCAGACUGGCAAUAAAUCUCUGCGAUAAGAAGGAACACUCUGUGGACAUCCUUCUCAAGAACAAUCACUUAUCCCUGAGGGUAGAUGGGAUAGCAGGAGAGAGUGAACUAAGCAUCUCUGAGUUAGAGGACAGUCUGUCCAUCUUGGAGAGCUCUUUGCAGUCAACGUUGAAGACAUACGUAGGAGGAUUGCCAGACGUUCCUGUGACUUCCACUCCAGUCACCGCCUCCUACCACGGCUGCAUGACCCUCAAGCUGAGCAACAAGGCACUGGACUUAGACGAGGCUCUCUACAAGCACAGUGACAUCACCUCACAUUCCUGUCCUCCAGUCGAGGCAGAUCAGUCUAUCCCCUCAGCACCAAUUGAAGAGAUGUUCUCACCUCAUGGUAAUUGCAAGAAAAAAAAUCAUUUCUGCUUUGGACAAAGAGAAGAACUGAAGCAGGCCAACUACAUGAGCUGGAGACAACUCACAGGCUAGAAAUGGCAAUUAGAAGGAAACUUGCACUCAGUAAACAAUCUGCCUUCCUAGUUAGGUGUUUGUCUGGCAUGCAAAGCAUGUCCCCUGCUCACUAGCUGGCUAUCUUCAGAAAAGCAAAAGCCAAGAUCAGAUGCCACAGAUCACUGAUUUUGUACAUGUUAACUCUAGAUCAGUGGACAACCAGUCAAGAAUGUUAUUCCAAACUAACUACACUUUUGAAAGAUACAGGAGUUUUGCCAGAAAAGAGCAAGGAGCUCUGGGUGGUCCAACUUAAGACAUUCCCAAAAUCUGCAGAGUUGCUGAAACCUGUCUAGCCAAAAGCCCAAGGCUGGGGUCACCUGCAGGGAACUGUGGUCAGUGUGUUGCCGGGUACAUGCUUAUUACAGGAAUCAGAAGCAUUUCUCAGGCCAUGUCUGUGUCUGAGUUGUGCAUGCACAGUUUAGAAGAGGAUUAAGUAAAACUUAGAGGAAAGGGUGUUGCUACAGAUAGUACAUUGGUCUGGGUAGGUCUCUAGGCAAGGAGGUCAACGAAAUAUUUUUGUCAUACUUUUUCUGGAAUCAACAACGGGGUGCCCUAGCAGCAAAGUUUAAGGAGUAUUAGCAGCUUAACCUGGAAAUAUACUUUGUUAAGCUGCCUGGAAUUAUUAACAGUAAUCAGUCCCCAUACACCUUUUCUUAGCCAUGGGAGGAAUGGUGAUGAAGGGCAUCUGGAUUCUUGUAAGUAAUACUGCUGUUUAGCUGUUCUCAGUCCUGUUCUGCUUGGUUUUCUUUGCACUCCCACCAAUUUACCACAAUAAUACAUUGAAAAAUAGGAAAAGAAACCAAAUCUGGACUUCUCAGGAGGUUAGCCAUUUGGGUAUGGGUAUUUUUCCAACCAUGUUAAUAUCACUGAGAUUAUAAAAUAAGCUGAAUUCAAACCACUGAUGU